GAAACACACAGUCACCAUCACAGUCACACUUAUGCUGAGGUUAAUGUGGUGAUCAUCAUCCACCACCAGUCAUUUGUGUUGAGCAAGACAGGAGACACACACACACACACAGAUGCACAGAAGUGUAAUUGAGAUAGGAGCUGCCUGCUUGUCAUUGUGUGUGUGUGUGUGUGUGUGUGAGCUGUCUGAAAUCGCAGAGACUCAGUUCAAAGGGGUUUGGGGCCUGAAGUGAAGUGAGGCUGUGAAGUUUUGAAAAAGAACCAGGCUGCCUUCCCCAUAUCUGUAUCUCAGUCUAUGGCUGCCGACGACUACAACCCUGUCUCCCUGCGACACAAAUCCAAGAAGAAGAGCCGAGGAGGGAAUGGCACAAUGAGCAGAAGACGGAUCUCGGUCAAAGAGCUGGGUCACCCAGACCACCAGGGCUGGCUGUACAGAAAGAAAGAGAGUAAAGGCUUCCUGGGCAUGAAAUGGAAGAAAUACUGGUUCGCGCUGAAGAAGACGGCGCUCUACUGGUACAACAACCAGCUGGCAGAGAAAGCCGAAGGCUACAUUGACCUCACCAACUUCAUGAUUGACAGAGCCAUAGAGUGCAAAAAGAAACAUGCGUUCAAGGCCUGUCACCCACAGGUCAUGAUGUUCUAUUUUGCUGCCGAGAGCCACGAGGAGAUGAACUUAUGGUUGAAUAAGCUUGGGUUAGCCUCCAUUAAGUACGAGCCCACAGAACAAACCCCUGCAGCCGAGUGUUACAGUGAGGCCAGUGACCACGAAGAGGCUGAAAGCACAGAGAUCCCCCCUCCACCAUACUCUGAACAGACGCUGCGGGACUCUGUGGAUGCACCUGCACCGCCUGGUAGCACACAUCAGGGUACCCUCCCUCCCCCUUACUCCUCCGCAGUCCCCAGCGAAGCCAACUGUUCCCUCUCGUCGCCCGUCAGCACGAUGACGUCGCAGAGCUCCGCCUCUUCUCUCGCCAAGCACCGGCAGUCCUGGCUGGACCUGGUCUCGCAGGCGUCUCCUCCCGCUGGGGAAACGGCCGUGGUGUGCUCGGCUCAGGUACACUCGCAGCAGCAGCAGCAGCUUCCAGGAGAGGAGGCGGAGGAGCAGGGGGAGGAGGUAGAGGGAGGCCCUCAGGUGAUGGAGAGUUCAGCUCACAGGGGCCCUUCAGACGUGGCCUCUGAUGAGGAAAGCACUGCUGCGGAGGGGGAGGCACAGGAGGUUUCAGCUGCUCAAGAUGAAGGGGAUCAUGGGAACAGCUCCGAUGAGAUGGAGAGGCUGUACAUUCAUCUAAAACAGGCCAGCCUGUCGCCAAUAGGAGAUCGCAAGCCCUCCACAAAAAGGGAAUUCAGGGCCUCCUUCGUAAAACGCUGUAAAAACCAUACCAUCAACGAUAAACUGCACCUCAUCAGGACACUCAACAGCACGUUAAAGUCGAAGGAAGCGGACCUACAGGUUAUCCAGCAGGUGCUGUCAGACCAGGAGCUCACCUCGCACAAGUUCAGAGAGUGGAAGGAGGCCAACAGGCCCUUGGUGCAGGAGAUCUGUGUAAACCUGGACCAACAGGUGGCGCCAGAGGCCACAAAAGCUGCAGCAUCAGUCAGUGCUGCUCCAGUGGUGGAGACUAGUUUAUAAAGACUCCUCAUGACUGUUUCUACUGAUUCCAGACUCGCACACACACACAAACAUGCACACACUGAUGUUUUCAAUUGAGACUACUGUUCCAUAUCAGUGGGCUGUCAGUGCUGUUCAACAAGUAACUGGAUCAAUGAAGAAAUGUGUUGUUAGUUUUUAAAUGGAAACAAUAACUGAACAUCAGUUCACAGUGAAAUGUGUUUUUCAUAUUACUUUUAUCUUUUGACUUGUGCGAUUAGCUAAUUUCACCGUCGUCUGUUUUUAAAAUGUAAAUCUGUGAACCUAUGAAUAUGUUGUUUCUAUUUGGAAUAAUGGAGUACGUUGAAAUAAUGGAUCCGUUGUUGCAUGGAAAACACUUGUUUGGUUUCUUUCUGAUUUAAUUUCAUCAGUAGUGAACAUGUUUUAAUCUUUUUUGUCUCUUAUUGGUGCCAUGCACCUUCACUGCUGUGUCACUUGAGUUUUGAAUGAUCAGUGUGUGUUGUUCAACAUUACAUUAUCAUACUUUACAAAUGGAGCUCCUCAUUUAAAGUAGGAAAGCCUACACAAACUAUUUUAAAUGAACAAUCCCAACUUUAAUGACUAACAUGCAUUGACAAUAAUAUGGUGAUAAAGACUUAAAUACUAACUGGUGCCAAGUGUAUUAGAUUUAAAGCAGGAAAACAUAGGAUACAUGGUGGAUAAAUCUCAGGAAAAAAAACUGAAAAUUGUGAUAAAUAGUCUGCUUGGGCCAACAAACCCAAACCCUGUAUAUUUACAGCUAAGCAGAAGAUUAGGAGGUCGUACAGUAACAGGUAUUAUGUGAAUAAGCCCAGUCACAGCUCCACAGAGCAACUGGUUCAGGAAGCUCAGACCAAGCAUAGUUCUCUGGCAGGAGCCAGAACCAAGCUCCAGGCACAAGAGAUGCAUUCAUCUGUCGUGCACAUUAAACAUUAACUGUGUAAAUAACUGUAAAUGGAUGUUCAUUCUUUUUAAUAUUUGUUCUGGUAUGAAAGUCAGUCUGAUUGUUUGUAUAUAGAGAAAUAAACAGUUACAAGAGUGAA